UGGCCCACUUCUUCAACUUGAAGGUGACAGUACUUGUUACACUUACAGACUAGUACACAAAAACUGUGCAGCUGCGCACUAUUGGUGCCAUUAUUACCUGAACUAAUGUUCCUUCACAACAGUGCAUGACCGGCAUGUACAUUGCGCGUCGCCCCGGCAAGCCUAAUGGCAACACUACCUGACGGCCUUACAAAUGACUCGGCUUCCAUGACAUUAUGCCGAGGGCUGAUGCGGCCUGGCAUCAUAUGCAUUGGUCUUUACACCUUGGAAAUUAUUAUUCUGCUUUUGCCGAGCUAAAGACGGCAGAUAUCCUAUAGGUUGACGCGCGUACGCCGUAUCUGAGUACGCGUACCCUAGGUGCCUCUGAAGGCCUGAAGUACUAUGAUGGCUUACUAUAAAUACAGACCACGGUUCACCCAAUAUCUUCAUAAACUACACUCCAAGUUACUUCUCUCGAAUUUUAAGUAAUCAUGUCUCUACCUGAGGGCUAUGGGUAUGUUCCGAGUUCAUUGAUCACCAUUGGGUGGGUCCUUUUCUGGCAGAGUAUGAUGGUUGGAAGGUACCGCAAGAGGGCAGGGAUCGAGUUUCCUCAACUGUAUGCUGAGCAAGCUGAGGUUAAAGAUUCAACUGCAGCCCUUCGUUUCAACUGCAUGCAGCGUGCACACCAAAAUACGCUUGAAACGGCACCCGUGGUGUUCGUUUCAACUGUUGUGGCGGGUCUGAAGUACCCUGUUCUAGCUGCUGCUAUAUGUGUUGCAUAUUCCUUCGCGCGCAUCGUUUAUACCAUCGGGUACAAGUCAGGCCAACCAAAGAGGCGGGUGGGUGGAAGUAUCGUCAGCGGUUUCGCAAUGCUCGGACUCUUGUCGACCGCUACAUACGUUGCUUACCAGCUCCUUCCGUCGUGUUAAUGUUAAUGACAUCGAUCACAGUGCGAAUAUUUUAUCUCACAGAGACUCAAUUCGUGCAGCCUGAAAGACGAUUGAAUACCAGCGUCCACAUUCUUUCUUGGCGAGCUGAUUGAUCCGCGGCCAAAAUUUUCCACGAGGUGUACCGCAUUUAGCACAUGUACUUCUGCACUAACCCAUGAUUUUAUAACAACUCACCCAUAUAUGAUGACUUUGCAG